CUAUGAACACGGUGACGAAAGGAACCAUCGCUCAAACCGACAUGUUUCUCGCCGCGGCGGCGAUUUCUUCUCAGACAUGUUGGAUCCGUUGAUUCCGACGAGAAGCUUGAGCCAGAUGCUAAAUUUCAUGGACCAGAUCAGUGAAUUCCCUUUGGUGUCAGCAGCAGCUACGCGUGGAAUGGGAGCUUCAGGAGUUAGACGUGGCUGGGACGUGAAGGAGAAAGACGACGCGUUGCAUCUAAGGAUCGAUAUGCCUGGACUUAGCAGAGAAGAUGUGAAACUUGCUUUGGAACAGAACACGUUGGUUAUCAAAGGAGAAGGUAAAACAGAGGAAGGAGAUGAUGUUUCUGGAGAUGAGGGACGGAGGUUUACGAGUAGGAUUGGGUUACCGGAGAAAGUUUACAAGACUGAUGAGAUUAAAGCGGAGAUGAAGAAUGGUGUGUUGAAAGUGAUGAUUCCUAAGAUUAAAGAGGAUGAGCAUAACAAUGUUCGUCACAUAAAUGUUGACUAGAGUUACGUUUUUCUUGGUGAAUCAAAGCAAAAUUACAUUUCUUCAAUGGACAUUUUAAAAGCAUUAA